UUAUGAAUUACCAUUUGAUGCGAACUUAAUCUGCCACCGCCCACAAACAACACUUCAGAGAAGAUGAAAUUUUUGAUAGUUGGUUUACUACUUGCAGGAUGCGCAUGCACUGAAAUAUCUGACCGACGUCAGAUUUCGCUGGAGGCGGUAGAGAAACUACGCGCCACAAUACCGCAUUAUCAAACCGCUCAAGAUUAUGCUGUUAAGAGUAUGUCCGAAGCAAAAAGAAAUGCUUCCGUCAUAUUGAGCAACUUUUAUCACAUUGUGUUUGAGACUAAAAUCACCGCGCUCGUGAAUAUUCUGGAAGAGGAGGCUUCAACGAUGAACUAUGCGAAAUCCGUGGACGAAUGGUGCUGGGAGAGUAACGUUCCGUUGCUCGAGGGCACCAUGGGCUGGGUUGGAAACGAUUUCAGCGAGUGUGCACGACAGCUGGAUGGUUUGAUUGCCGAAGUGGUGGCCAGUACCUACAACCAAUUCCAUGCUGACGAAGCCGAAAUUAAGAAAAUCAGCUUGUUGGAUGUUUUACAGAGAAGGAAUAUUAUCAGCAACCCCAAGUCCAUCAUUGAUGCCAUCGAAAAUCUGGAAAUAGAUAUCGAACGUACAGUUCCGGAGCUGGGGGAUUUACUUUCCAACUUUGAAACAGAGCUUAACGACAAAAUUCCCGGUUACUCGGGCUGCUUGAAAAAUAGUGUUCAGCAACGCACGCGACAAAUUGAGUUUCUGAAGGGAGAAACCAUCAAAUGUCUGGCUGAACAGAAGAAACAGAAGUCUUUGCAUUGAUCGGUUCAUAAUAAAAAAUAAAAAUAUAAAUAUCAAUUGAAAAUGCAGAAGCAAAUAUUUUUCACUUCAUUGCUAGGCUGACCAAACAUACCGUUUUGAACGGGACAAUACUGUUUUUUCGACUAUUUUUGGGUGUCCCGUCUUUUUAUAAAUUUAUACCGUAUUUUGAGUAUAAAAAUACUUGUCAUAAACUAAUUUUUUUGCAUAAAAAACUUUUUGUCAUAUUAUUUUUGUUUGCUGCGAAGCUCUCAACAUAUUAAGUGAUCUUAAAUUGCUAUGCUUCCUAAAUCUAGAAAAAAAUUGCAUGAAAAAUAUGCUUGUUUU